GUUUACAACGCUGAACUCCGACGUAUGGAGACGGUGCAUCAAUACGGCUGCGCCACCCUCGAAAAAGGCAGCUCAGCCUCGCAUCUUACGUGCAACUCCUUCCGCAGUCCUCAUCGAACUCCGAAGAGUAUAGCGUGCUGUUAUGAGGGUAACUAUUGUAAUCUGAGGAUAACACCACCACCUUACCGACAACUUCCUAAGGAAGCGGAGUAUUACGAUGAAGAAUGGUUGGAUGAUAAGCUACAUCCGAUUGUCCAUGUUGCUCUUCCAUUGCUGUUAGCUAUAUUUGCGAUUGCGAUCGCUGGCACUUGGUGCUUCUUAAAAAAGAGACGACGAGAUGUGAAGAGGUGGUGGCCACUAGCCAAGAACAAGCAGGAGCUUCUCCCCGUGCCAGAAAUGGAUCCAAUGCUGUACGAUGAUUCCGGUAGCGGUUCUGGAUCUGGAAAUGCAACGAUGGUACAAAGAACUGUGGCCAAUGAUCUCAUAAUCGAGAAAGUCAUAGGAAAAGGAAGAUAUGGAGAGGUUCGAAUUGCAAGAUUCCGUGGAAGCUUGGUGGCUGUGAAGGUAUGUAUAAUGUAG